UCCGGGCUUUCUGUAUCCAAGUAAUGAAAACAUUUGGUAUUUCGUUUUGGUACAUCUGAAGCAGACAUGAGUAGCCAGGCCGUUGCAGUCAACAGCAUUCUCAGCGAACUAGAAUGGGACGAAGGAUUAAGCAUGCCUGUUGCCAGCGCCGGAAACAAGGCGUUGGAAGAUCAGGUGACGAGAAAGCAGCGUCUCAUCGCUCAGAAGCGAGAGGAUCUUGAGCAGACUGAUGACCGCGUGCACGCCAUGAUAGAACACCUGAAGAAUGUCCGCCAGGAGCUGCAGCACACUCAGGGUCUACUUAAUGCACGGAAUGCCGAGAUUGAAACUGAAAGCCACCUCCUGAAGAUAGCUCAGCGUGAAGAGGGCCGCCUGAAACAAGAGAUAGAAAAACUGGAGAAGGAGUUGGAGGAAUUCAAAGAGAAGAAGAAUAUAUAUGAAAACAACAUAUUCCGGCAGACCCAGCGUCUGGAGGAGAUGAAGUCACAAAUGAACUGGGACCAGCAGGCGCUGGAGGCGUGGCUUGAGGAGUCGGCACGCAAAGACGAGGACGCCAUGACGCUCCAGAAAUACACACGGCAGGACGACAGCAAGAUCAAGGAGUUAUCUCUACGGAUGGAGAAACUAACGGACGAAGCUCGUCAAAAGAAAGUUAAUCUUGAUCAUGAAAUGACGAAUACCUUGACAGCUCAGAUUGAGCUUGACAAGACUGCCGAAGAUUUCCGCAAGGCUCACUCGGAGCGGCAGGAGCUGAUCUGCCAAUGGGAGUACACAAUCGACCAGAUGCAGCGCAGAGAUAAGGAGAUGGACUUACUGGCCGCCCAACUGGCCCGCGUGAAGCUGGACGUCCGCCGACAUGAGGACAUCAUUAAGGAGAAGCGACAGUUUUUGGAGAACGAGAUCGAGAACAACACGGAACAGGAGAAGAAGAUCUCGAUGGCCGAGAGAACGUCGGCAAAGAUCCGUCUUGAGUUCAAUGAGGCGGACACAGCAAGAAUCCAGUUCCAUGAUGAGCUUGAUGCUCUGAAAAGGAUGGUGGAUCGUACAGCAACAGACCUGGAAGCAACACGGUCUCAAGUAACACAUUUGAGGAAAGAUGUACAAGAAAAGUCUCUACGACUGCAGCACGACAAGGACCUGAACGUGGCGCUGCUGGAGAAGCUGAAAUUGGCGUCGGACUCGAGCCUAUCGGCCGAGGAGCGCGCCAAGCGGAUGGAGGACAUCCUGUCCGAGGAGGAGCACCAGCAGUGGGCCAUCGAGGCCGACCUCAAGAACCUCCGCGACAUGCAGUUCAAGAAGACACAGGAGCUACAUGACUACCGCGUCCACGAGAAGAACAUAGAGGCCGAGAUACAGGGCAGUCAUGCAGCAGGGCGCAAUCUGAACAGUAAGAUCGGCAAACUGGACCACGACUCACUGAAACAGCAGGAAAUUAUAUACAACCAGGACUUUGCCAUCCAACAACUGGAACGAAGAAUAAACCGCAUGCACGGAGAGCGAAGCAACGAGGAGAAAAUCCAUCUGGAGACACGAAUCGAGGAACUCACUAACGAACUGGACGACAAAAACCUGACGUACACUCUACUGAACGUCCAGCUCAAGAGACUGCAGGAUGACAUUCGGCGAGUGACUCGUGACCUGGAGAUCAGCACGAGUGAGAAGGAUGACUUGACGAGUAAGAUUGAGGAACUGAAUCUGUUCAACGACAACUCGGAGCGAAAACUCCGACAGAUGAUCCUCACCAAACAGGACAAGAUGGUUGAUGAGAACAUAUUGAAGCUGGAACUGAAGCGACUGCGAGACUUACUCAACGACAAGUCGGACCGCGUCCUCUCGCUGGAGAACAGGAAACUGCAGCUCGAGACGGCGAUGAAGGAACGUCAGCAGGAGAUAACCAUCCACAAGGACAUGUUGAAGUCGCAGGUUCGGGUUGCGGAGGACGAACGUCAACAAAUCAGUGCAGAGCUUCACGAACGCAUCUCGAAAAUUGAAAAACUUAGACAGAGAUAUGAAAUUCUCAUGGUAUCAAUGGCUCCACCAGAAGGGGAGGAGGAGAAAUCUCAGGCUUACUACGUCAUAAAGGCAGCUCAGGAGAAGGAGGAACUGCAGCGUGAGGGGGACGAACUUGAUGCACAGAUCCGGAAAGCUGAGAAGGAAAUCCGUGCCCUGGAGAACACGCUCAAGCUAAUGAAUGGGCGGAACGAGCUGUACAGGAAGAGUUUCAACAAGAUCACUGAGACCAGCGACGAGAUGGAGGAGAAGCAGCAGCUGGAGGAACAGAUGCGUGCCGUCAUGGACAAGUACAAGUACAAGAGGAGACAGAUCAGAGAGCUACAGGAAGAUCUCCAGACGAUGGGUAACACACUUGACACACUGACAAGAGAUGAAGAUGCCUAUGUGCAGAUGAUUGAAGAGAAAAAUAACAAGAUGCUGCAACUAAACAAGGAACUAGAAGAUCAAAGAGGGAAAUUAGAGAGAGUUUCCAAACUGAAUGUAAAGUAUGCCCGAGAGGUUCGUUCUGCUAAGAAAAGCAAAGGCAUAACCCCAGAAGAGAAAGAUUUUGAGGUGCGCGAACUGCGUGAAUUCAACAAGACGGCCGUGAAGAAUAUUUCCCUGGCGGCAUCUGAACACCCCGACCUACACGAGGCCGUCACGAUGUACUUCGCACAGGCGAACCUUCCCACCCUAGUUCCACCGGGCCAGCGAUCGAGCAGUUCUCACAGCAGUCUGUCGUCCGUCCGGUCAUUGUCCAGUCAGAAAACAUCGUCCUCCACUCGGAGCAGACCCAGCUCCAUACAGAUGGGUGGGGCGCAGUUUGAUGUCCCACCCUCUCCAGUUGGCAGUGAUAAGAGCAUUGGUUCAGUGGGUAGUAUCCAUAGCGACCGCAGUCGGACAAGCCAAUCAGGUCGCAGGAAGUAGCUCCUCCCAUCUAACAAAAGAACUUGUAGCAUUCCGCCCACUUUGUGUUAACUGUGAUAUUGUAUGAACAAAUAACACUGAUGUACACUGUACACGAACUACGAUGAAUGUCACAAGAUUGAGAUUGUGUAUCUUAGUAUUUUACAUUGUAGCAUUAACAAGACCUUUGCUUUCAGUCUGCGACAGUGUCCAAUUAAUUUGUUGAUUUAUUUGGAAGAAAAUAAACAUAAAUCUUUGUAUGUGAACAAAAUGAUUAAUGUUUCUUUGAAUUUGUCUAAGAACAAAAGAAGAAUGCAUUUUUUCGUUUCAACUCGACCUGACCUCAAACUAAUGACAUUUUCCCCUGAAACAAUAGACUGGUCUGAACCCCUCUCAAGGUACAUAAGAUGCACUUCCACUUUAAAUUAGACCAUUGUGUUUCAAGUUGUGAUUAUGCAGUAUAAGUAUAAAGUGUACCUCUGUAGUUACAAUCAAGAUUUAAAUGACAUAAUAAAGAGAAGUAUUGAAAUAAAAAUAUUUUUAAACAAUUAAAAUAACCCAAAUAAUUUUUUCCUCCUAAUAAAUUAGGUGUAUGCAGACAUUUUUAAUGGUAUUUGAGACUUAUUAUUUAAAGCUAUUCCAGACAUAUUCAAUACAUGUAGAUGGGGGGGGGGGGGGGGGGGGGGGGGGGGGGGGGGGGGGGAGGGCAGAGGUUAAAAGGUAAACUGAAUGAAAUAAUGAUUUCUUUAUCAAUGCCCUGUAUUUCUUAAUCAUGUGGUUUGGGUGGGAAUAAAUGUUUGGGAAAAAAUGACAGUAAAAUUACAUAAAGUCUUCACAAAUCUGUAACAGUAAUUACAGUAUUAAUGUCAUUUUGACCACUACGCUUCUAAAACGUGCGUACGCAUGUAUACCGCAGUGACAAUAGUGGUUGUUAUUUAUUGUUCACACUGUGGCCUCUUUUGUUUUCAGGUGUUCCUAUAUUUUAAUUGUAUGUUUUAUAUACAAGUUUAUUUAUCGUCACAUUGUUUCCGUCCAUAUUUAGAUACAUUGUAAUAUUAUGUAUAUGUUUUAUAUGUAUACGAGUAUGUCAAAAUGUGCAGAUUUUGUGUACAAGAUUGUAAAGCCAUGUAAAUUGUUUAUGUAAACUAUAAAUUAUUCAAAAACU